CCCAUGAUCACUAACCCCAAAUGCAUCUGCAAGACAGCUUGACGGCCGCAUGCGACGGUCUCGCCGUUGCAUACGAUCCGCAAAAGGGCAAGCACAUCGUUGCGCAACGAACGUUCGAGCCCGGCGAAGUGCUCUUCACCGAACGCGCUUGGGUCCAAAUUCCACUCUCAGUUCCAUCAGCGAAUGACAUGCGAGCCGGGAAGAUCUGUCACGAUUGCGCAAUGCCUGCGCCUAAGCUAGACUGUCGACAUCGCAUCUCCCGACCAAACCAGCACGUACCAUGUCGGCUUCGAUACUGCUCAGAUCAAUGUAGAAUGAGCUCAGAGUCAUUGGGCGGACUCUGCAUGCGCAAUGAAGCAUACACAGAUCUGUUCGAGGCUUGCUUGACGAAGCGAUACUUUGUUGCCUUGGCCGUUCUGCGGAUGUGGCUCAUACGCGCUCGGGCGCAAGACGGCAAGAGACAGGAACAGCUCGCCUUUGCGAGUACAUCUGCGCUCGCUAUCGACGAACGCAUCAGGAUGGGACGGCGCAGACACGCUUCCGGAUUGCCGCUGCUUGAGCAAAUGCAUGAGCUAGUGUUGCAAUUGAUGCCGACGCACAAAAGCCGGCACACUUUUGACGAGUUUUGCGAAGACAUAGGUCGUUUUCAGAUCAACGGCACCCACGAUGGCGCGCUCUUUAUGCUCCACUCGAUCAUCAAUCAUGCAUGUGAUGCUAAUGUCGACAUCAGGCCACUAGACUGUCCCAGCCGCAUCAAAGUCGUCGCUUCCAGACGAAUUGACGCAGGGGAAGAAGUCAACGAUCUGUACGUUCGAGGCGACGACCGACUGUACAAGCGAAGGGCGGCGCUGAAGGAUCAAUGGGCCUUCGACUGCACCUGUCGCAAGUGUUCGCGAGAACUGCAAACCUCUCAAAGACGCUUUAUCCUUGGCGCGCUCUUGGCGAUCUUAUUCGCGCUGUAUGGCCUGAGACGGUAGCCCAUGCGACCCGUCGGCAGCCUCGCGGAGACCGGCUGGCAAGACCAUGGACUAGUCAUCAAGAUCGAGACCUAUCUCUUGGUAGACAUCUGCCAUUGUUUGUUGGCGCGACUCAGCGACUCUCGAGAUGAGCGUCUGAGCCCCUUCCUUGACUUCGUGAUAAGCAUGCAGUAGCUCGGUGUGCUCUCGCACAAUCUCGUCCGCGUCUCUGCCGGCCAAUUGACGUUCGAGCUCCUCCACCUCUUCUCUGAGCGCAGCCAGCGUUGCUUCACUGUUCAAUGGACCUCUCCGAGG